CCGGGCCCCGCACCGGGCGUGUUUUAGUAUAUUUUUUCCACCGGGCCCCGCCGGGCCCCGCACCGGGCGUGUUUUAGUAUAUUUUUUUCCACCGGGCCCCGCACCGGGCGUGUUUUAGUAGGACCGAAUAUUUCUAUGAAAGAACUUGGCGGGAAAAUAUUUGCGUUAAAAAUUGCAGGAAAUUGUUUUAACAAAAAAAUGGAAAAAUUUUCUUUUACCAGGCGGGAAAGUGACCGCAUAACCCCAAUUGUUACAAAACAAACUCCGUUUGUUACGACAAACAAUCGACGAAUUCGAAACAAACUCCCACAAGUUGUGACGUCCCAAAGAAAAGGCGUAGAGAUCGAAACAUCAGAAUUGUUGAACAAAACAUGGGACGCUCAUUCAUGUUCUCCCCUGCAUGGUUUCCAUGAAAACACGGCGUCACUUGAUUGUUACGGGCGUUCGUUGAGCGCCGUCCUCGUAGCGUCGAAAAGUAAAAACAUUGGAGUGGAGGUCGUUGAUUCGUCCGUGACAAGUGUCACAUUCAAACUCGUCCACGGCAUCUACGGGAUUCACAAUGGGCUAAAGUUUCAAGUUUUAACAAAAUCAGGGAAAAUUAUUUUUGAAAGUUUUUUGUUUUCGUCGGAACAAUCGUUGAGUAGUGAUGUCAUAAUGGCCUCAUCAAAGCUGACAAUGCUGCCAUUAUUGGUUUGUCGGGGUGAUCGGUCAACCACGAAAGUUGUGUUUGAUUGGUUGAAAACAGAGUUUGAUUGUAGUUUGCGUAAAAUAACUUUUAACCCGUUGAGUCUUGGAUGGUUGGUUGCCAUGUGGGGGUCAGUUAAAGGUCAAGGGUCAACACAUAUCACCUGGGAAAUACCCAUGGUUGAGACCGGCAUAGACAUCAUAGAAAGUGAGAUCGAUGGGGAGUCCGUUGCACUUUUAUGGAAACACGCACAUGAGGACUCGACCAUGGAGGUAACGAUUGACGAGGUUCGAGGUUUCGUCGCAAGCAUUGAAGAACAUCUUACCCAACACACCAAGAUAUUGUUCAAUGCACUCACAAUGCAGCAGAUUAAAACACCCGUCAUCCAAGUUCGCAAUGAUGGAAAGUUUAAGGUGACAUCUGGUGACCAUUUGUUUCACGUGAUGGCGGAUGUCGCAACACUCGCCCUCGAACAUCUGGAUCAUUAUACUCCCACCAUGUAACCAUGAUAUUUUAUUUUACAAUUAAGCCACACGUAUGGGUAGUGCACGAGUAUUUUAAAUAAAACCUGAUCAUCUUGUAUAAAAAGU